AUGAGCGUUAGAGAUUUACAGAUAAAAUGAGUUUAAAAGCUCAGGAACGGCUCAGUUGAACUGCAGUGUCUCAGGUUGGCUCUUUGGGCUCUCUGUCACUGAAGAAGAUCAUGAUGAAGCGUUCAUCUCUCCUCCUUCUCCUCCUGCUGGCGGAUGCUUCACGGGGAGAACUUCAGAAAAGAAUUAUAAAUGGAGAACCCUGUGAAAAAAGUGAAGGUACCCACCAUGUGGAUCUGUCUGUUACUAGUGACAAAGAUAAAGUUCAUUGUGGAGGGUCUCUGAUUGGUGAUCGCUGGGUUCUGACUGCUGCUCACUGUAACAAGCUAACUCCACCAAUAAAGACCAAGGUUCGGUUUGCUGGACGGGAUUUUAUCUACAGUCCAAAAUUAGUUGUCAAAAAGGGAGAACCCACAGACUUGAACAUACUAUUUUGUGGAAAUCUGGAAGUAACUAAUUGUCCGGACAUGUCUGCUUACCUUCACCACGAAGACCCCAGCAUACGGUCGUAUGCCUACGAUCGGCUUCUCUGUGCUGAGGAUAAAAAGUUUGACGCCUGCAGGGGGGAUUCAGGAGGCGGUAUGAUGGUGAAGGAAGGGGGUGUUGAUGUCCUGUAUGGAGUGGUUAGAGGUGGCUCUAAAAUUAUAUGUGAUGGUCCUAUAAAGUUCUUGGACGUCUGUCGCUACAGGACCUGGAUCCGUAAAAUUACUGGAAUAUAACAGUUCUGCUAAGAUUAGCGAAUAAAAACUGAUGAUAGCAAAUGUAAAUGUUAAUAAAGACAAAAAAAACCUGCUAAUAAAAAAAGAUC